AUGGCAGACUCUGGUCAUAACGAUAAUAUUUAUCAUGCGGAAUAUUCAAACUAUUCUACCUCGAACAAGGAAGAGACCCUAGAACAAUUAAAUGAUUCUUACAGAGGGCUAGUUGCUGGGCAGGAUAAUCUGGUUUGUAAUUUAGCCAAUGCUUCUUCCUUGCUAUGGUAUGCAUAUAAAAAUUUGGGUAUAAAUGUGAAUUGGGCAGGUUUUUACAUUACCAAGAAGGAUAACGACCAAAAGUUGAUUCUUGGUCCAUUUCAAGGGAAGGUGGCUUGUCAGGAAAUCCAAUUUGGAAGCGGAGUCUGUGGAACAGCAGCACUAAAUCAGCAGACUGAAGUUGUGUCCGAUGUUAGUAAGUUCCCAGGACAUAUUCCAUGCGAUGGAGAAACCAAAAGUGAAAUUGUUGUACCGAUUAUUUUAAACAACAAAACUGUAGCUUUGAUCGACAUAGACUGUUUGGACUACGAUGCUUUUGGAGAUGUGGACAGACGUUAUUUGGAAGAGCUCGCUAGUUUAAUCGUUGAGACAUGCAAAUUCUAG